ACGGAGGCGCCUGAUACACCCUACUGUGUGACUUGGAGCAGUCCACAGGCUGCGAGCAGAUGGGGUGACCCGCCGGCCACAAGGCUCAGUGAGGUGCUCUGCUCAUUCACACCAAGCGGGCUACGGCUCUCCAUUCUAUUUUAGUCCUUGUGUACUACUCUUUCCUUCCCGCCUAUCACCCUCUCGUUUGAGGCCAAGGGGCCAUAUGAGGACACCCCGCUGGAUUAUUUCGUUCUCUAUCUCUAGGCGUAUACCUUGAACGCUCCACCUCUCUCCCCCACUCUCAGUACACGGUGGUUUGGCCCAGCCUUCAGCUCAUUGUUGCUUGGUGCCGGGUCCAAGAUGGCGCUGUGAAGCUACCGAGUGUGAGGAGAAGUGAGACCUUGGACCGGCGGGGAGAGAGUGGCCAGUACUGACUGAACGAGGGCUCACCAUUUCUGUACAGAGCUGUCGCUUUGGGAUUAGUAUGCUCUCAGGACAUGGGCGAGAAGCUGGAACUCAGGCUCAAGUCGCCGGUGGGAGCCGAGCCUGCCAUUUACCCGUGGCCGCUGCCUGUUUACGAUAAGCAUCAUGAUGCAGCACAUGAAAUCAUUGAAACCAUCCGGUGGGUAUGUGAGGAGAUCCCAGAUCUGAAGUUGGCCAUGGAGAACUAUGUUCUUAUAGACUAUGACACAAAAAGUUUUGAGAGCAUGCAGCGGCUAUGUGAGAAGUAUAACCGAGCCAUUGACAGCAUACAUCAGCUGUGGAAAGGUACCACUCAGCCCAUGAAGUUGAACACUCUCCCGUCCACAGGUCUCCUUCGUCACAUAUUACAGCAAGUCUACAACCACUCGGUAACUGAUCCAGAGAAGCUAAAUAACUAUGAGCCUUUCUCCCCGGAAGUUUAUGGUGAAACAUCAUUUGAUUUGGUGGCCCAAAUGAUAGAUGAAAUUAAAAUGACUGAGGAUGAUCUGUUUGUUGACCUUGGCAGCGGUGUUGGGCAAGUUGUUCUUCAGGUGGCUGCAGCUACAGGAUGUAAACACCAUUAUGGAGUGGAGAAGGCAGACAUCCCAGCUAAGUAUGCAGAGACUAUGGAUAAAGAAUUCAGAAAAUGGAUGAAAUGGUAUGGGAAAAAGCAUGCAGAGUAUACACUGGAACGUGGAGACUUCUUGUCAGAGGAAUGGAGAGAGAGAAUUGCCAACACAAGUGUUAUUUUUGUGAAUAAUUUUGCCUUUGGUCCUGAGGUCGAUCACCAGCUUAAGGAGAGAUUUGCCAACAUGAAGGAAGGUGGCAGGAUUGUCUCCUCCAAACCAUUUGCACCGCUUAACUUCCGAAUUAACAGCCGAAACCUGAGUGAUAUUGGCACAAUAAUGAGAGUUGUUGAACUAUCACCACUCAAAGGCUCUGUUUCUUGGACCGGCAAGCCAGUUUCUUACUAUCUGCACACCAUAGAUCGGACUUUACUUGAAAAUUAUUUUUCCAGUCUGAAAAAUCCAAAACUCAGGGAGGAGCAAGAAACAACAAGACGAAAGACUCAUCGUGAAGGAAAGAGCAAUACCACCACUCCUACAAAAAUUCAGGAGAUCAAGGAUUCAGGAGCAGAGGAGGAAAAGCCAGCCUCUGUGAAAAAGACAUCGCCUGCCAAAGCUAGAAGAAAACUAAGUAAGAAGGGUCGGAAGAUGGCUGGUCGAAAACGUGGUCGCCCUAAGAAACUACUUCCAUCAGCUGGUGAUCGCAAGCUCUCCAAAUCCCCAACUGCACUGGAAACUGCACAUUCACAGAAUGGUCUUGCCCCUCAGUCCCCAUCACAGGCAAAUCCUCAGGAUACAUACAAGUCACCUCAGAGUCCCUAUUUUCAGCUACCUCCCAAAGUGCAACGUCAACCUUCCAACCAGCUGUUGUCUUCACCUACACCUCCAGCUCUGCAGAAGCUCCUUGAUUCCUUUAGGAUACAAUAUUUGCAGCUUAUGUCCUACAUGAAGAUGCCUCAGUAUAAAGCUGGACUUCAGCAGCUGUUAGAAAAGGAAAAGGAGAAAAAUUCUAAUCUCCUUGGUGCAGCUCAGCAACUUCUUACUCACUGCCAAGCUCAAAAGGAGGAGAUCAAGAAGCUGUUUCAACAGAAGCUGGAAAAGUUGGGAGUCAAGGCCCUGACGUUCAGUGACCUAAUCCAGGCCCAGAAGGAGAUUUUUGCCCACAAUCUUCAACUUAAAGAUCAGAGCCGGCAAUUGGAGCAAGAAAAUGGAGAACUGAAGAACCGAAGUCUGUUGUUGCUGAAGGCCCGUUGUGAAGAGUUAAAGUUGGACUGGAAUACACUGUCCAUAGAAAAUCUGAAGAAGGAAAAAGUGGCACUAAAAAAUGAGAUUUCAGAGAAGCAAAAGCACUGUUUGGAGUUGCAGAUUAGCAUAGUAGAGCUGGAGAAGUUUCAGAGGCAACAUGAGUUGCUUCAGCUGAAGUCUACCACUUUGUCAGAGGAUCCACCACCAAACAGCAAUCGCUCUAAGGGCACGUUUGUUGCUCGCUACCCACCAGAGGGAUCACAGUCUCGUCUGCUUCCUGCUCAGUCAUCCAGCAUCAAUGGCAUGAGUCCUGAACCCUUAAUAAAUGGUCAUGCUUCUCACUAUGAACUGUUCCACUCGUGUCGUGGUGGUGGGAGUAGGCCUUGCUCUAAAGAAAGCACACCGUCCCGUGUAGAUCACAAUGAUUUGCAUGCAUCAAGGCACAAGGGAGAAAAAAAUGGCCCAUCUCAACCAGACUACACACGCUACUCGCCUGCCAAAAUUGCCAUGAGGCGUCAUCUGAAUCAAGAUCCUGCUCUUAAUUCCAGAGGUUCUGACAUCACUCAGAGAAGUGAAAUGGUGAAAGAAAAUGUUUUUUUGUCCUCGAGUUCUGGAAUCUUAAAUGGCAUCCGGCUAAGCCCACAGGGGUCACACGCUUCAUCUCCUGAGGCUGGACAGACUUCUAUAGAAAGAGGAACUGAUAAGAUGUCAAGAGACCGUACUUCUACUCCUAACCCUGAGACCAUCACAAGUUUGCCUAUUAGUAUCCCACUUAGCACAGUCCAACCUAACAAACUGCCUGUCAGUAUCCCUCUGGCUAGUGUUGUCUUGCCAAGUCGUGUAGAAAAGAGAAACAGUCCCAGUCCCGGAUGUAACAGUAGGGACAGCUCAAGUAUGGAUAAUCAAUAUGGUGCUACUACAAAUUUCAAUUAUGCAGCUGUCUCAAAGUCACUGGCUAACUCAGGUUUCUUUUACCCAUCCUGGCCAUCAUCUUCAAAUGGACCAGCUUUGAACAGCCAUGGAUCAGAGACAGACUGCAUGGAUGAUUCCUCAAAUUCAGGCACUCUCUCAAACUCUGGGGGGUCUCGGAGUUCCACUCCUUCACAUCACCAGCAGAUGUCUCAGCGUUCACCUGCUCACUAUGUCUUAUCGAACAGCCCACGUGCGUUUCAGGACUCUAGCAAAUUUUGUGGAGAUGGAGAAAUUGACACAAGUGAUGCAGAAGGUGAAGCCAAGAGACGUAUAAUCUUUACGAUUACCAGUGGAGGUGGAAGUUCCAAUGGGAGGUCACCAUCAAACAAACAUAGCCCACUGACUGCCACUAUUCGCAUGGAGUGUGGUCCAGGGCAGGAUGGUAGAAAAAGAGGAAGCAGAAGGAAAAGAUCCUCAGCAAGCAGUCACUCGUUGAUGGUUUCACCCAAGCGCCGAUCACUUCCAACAUCACUUGGGCUGAGCGGCUUUACUUCUGGCUCUCCACUGAACAUUAGCUCCAUGGUUAAUAACAUAAACCAACCUUUGGAAAUAACAGCUAUUUCAUCCCCAGAGAACUCACUUAAAAGCUCUCCUGCUCCAUACCAGGAUCAUGAUUUGCCCCCAGUACUGAAAAAAGAAAAACCCAUUUCUUCCACUAAUGGGGUUCAUUAUUCUCCCCUCACAACAGAGGAUGAGGCAGAAUCUGAAGAUGAAAUCCACAGUGCAAGGACAGAAAGAAAGAGCUCCAGUUUGUGUUUUGAGAAUAAAGACUCUCCACAGAGAAGUGAAGGCGAGAGAGGUCUACCGUAUCCCAGCAGAAAAUCAUCUUGUGAGAGUAUAGGCAAAUGGAAAUCUACCUUCUCCCCGAUCUCUGAUGUUGCUCCCAGCCGCACCCCUGACAGCUCCGCUUCACCCCCACGCUUCAACUCCCAUUAUCCUUCUGGAGAUGGGUCCCGUCGAGGUUCUGGGUGCUCAAGCCCAGGGUCAGCUAGCAAUCUUAGUGAUCACACCAGAAUGGAAAUGGGCAAAGCGCCAGACGGAAACUUGUUUCUGAAUAAAAAAUGUGCAUCUGAUGGCGGGAAGAGAGAGGAAAGGGUUCCAUCUACAAGAGUUGAUCGUUCCAGAGGUCCACGCAGUCGGGAAAGGGAUGGGGAGGGCCGAGCUGGGAACAACUUAUUUAUGUCACAGGGGACAGGGGUUCUACUGAAUGGCAAGGGACCUGGCCCUAACCCCUUGCAGACACAUCAUCAAUUCUUGAGCAGCCUGACAGCUGGGUCCCAGCUUACACUGCAGAGUAGUCUCAAUUCAGUGGCCGGCAAUUCAGUGUUGCAGUCUCUCUUCAACUCUGUGCCUGUACAUGUUACAGGCCCAGCAGGUCGUCUAACUAACUCCCAUGGGAUGGGCAGUUUUACAUCUCCUGGAGUGACCGGCGGUACAGUAGGAGGUAUUUAAACGUCUACCUCAGUUGAAUUCACCUAUGCAAAAUCAGACCUGCUAUAUAUAUAUCUAUAUAUAUUUUUUUUUCUUUUACCUUAAAAGGUGCUCUUCACAGUUUUGAGGGGAGAAAUUUCUCUCCCUCAAUCUUUCCUUUGUAGCUACCACUGGUUAUACUUACAAAAUCACUUCUUUUACUGAGCUCAAAGCCUGGACACCCUUGUUCCACUGUGAAUGAAAUCGCAACAGCAAAAUCCGGGAAAUAACAAUUGUACUUUUAUUUAUAUGAAAUGAAAUAUAUAAUAUUUUUUUUUUUUUUCUAUUUUAAGUUUGUUUUUGUGGGUUAUCUUUUGGAGGACGUGGCUCAAGAAAUGAGCAGAAAAGUGAAAUGGCAGACAAAUUAUGGAUGAACAAUGAGGGAUGCAAGCUGGCUUCCUCAAUGCAGAUUCAACUGGUGCUACGCAUAAGAUUGUGCCUCGGUUAUCUGGUGCUGAUAAGUUGUGGUGCUUUGAACAGUACACACUGGGACAUGGGAUCCAUUGUGUCAAUAAAAUGUGUGCUUAAUUUAUUAUUACCGUCUAAAUCUGUAUAACCAAAGUACAUUCUGUUCUUUUCCUAGUAUGAUACGUGAGAUUUGUUUGUUUGCUCUGGGAACUGAAUUUUUUUUUUUUUUUUGUUUCUCCCCUCCUUCUUGUGAAAAUGAUAUGGCAGCUAAUAGUGUGAUUGUAACAAUAGGAACUAUUUAUCACAGGUUAUUAAGGCACAGUAGUGGUGCUGUAUUUUUAAAUAUUUACCUGACCCGAAUAUUUAAGCCUAAAGGAAGAAUUUAGAUUUUCAAGAUACUUGAUUUUUUUUUCCUCCAACAUAUAACUUAAGCUAUAAUGCAUAAGUAUGCAUAUAUUGUAAAUGUGUGUAUAUUACAUCUGUGUAUAAGUACAUAUUUAUAUGUAUAUAGUCUUGCACAUGUAUCUAAAUAUACAGUCCUGAUUCUAUUACCCUUCUUAGUAGGACAUGUAUUUGCAGCCAAACAUUUUAUCUCUUGAACAGUCAUGGAACUUAAAUUGAAGGGGUUGUCUCACAAAGCAAAGUUGGUAAAAUCCGAUGUGUACCACAUACAUAUAUGUAAAGGAGAUCAAAUGUGCUGUUUUUAUUAAAGAAACUUACAUCCUUCCUCCCAAACACACACAUCCACACAUCUGAUCACUUCCUGACGGGCACAUGGGGGAUUAGGACGGCUAUAUAUCUUAAACAGGUAAUUUUUUGGAAAUUCUUGAAUUAUGUAUCAUUAAACUUUUAAAAUUUUACAUCAGUUUAGACCUAUUUCUCUUAAUUGGAGAACCCUUUUAAGGAGUUGAGCAAGCUAAGAUCUCCUGAAGUAUUUGUCAAAUAGUGAGUUAAAGGGAAUGUGUCAUCUGAAAACAACCUAUUGUUUUAAAUUACAUUUUUAAGUUAAAUAUUUGUAAAGAAUUUGUUUUUUUAUUCUAAAAUUUCUGUCAAUAGUAUAAAAUCUUGCCACUAGGCCUAAUAUUAACCCCUUAAGGACACAGCCAAUUUUAUUUUUGCAUUUUUGUUUUUUCUUCCUCACCUUCUAAAGAACAUAGGGGAACAUUUAUCAUUGUUUGCUUUGGUAAGAAUUCUGUAGGCAUUUAUUUUUUGCUUUGGUUUUGCUUAUGUGCAACAUAUGUAUCAUACUAUCACGGGGUUGAUAAAUUUGGCUCACAUAAGCAAAAACCAAUAAAAUCCCCUUGGAAUACCAUUUUCUUAGCACACAUAAGCAAAAAAGAUGUAUGUGUGUUUAUAAAAAAAAAUUCCACUUUUUUUCCUCUUAAAUGUACUAACCCAUUUUUUUUUUUUUUUUUCAUUUCAGAUCAGUCUAUCCUGUGGGCUACUUCAGAUUUUGUGGACUACGAUGACCACCAUUUUUUGUUUAAUAUUAACAACAUAUUGUAACCAUGGGAGUUUAAUGUUUUUUUAAAAGUUUAUUUUAUUUUAUUUACUUUACAGGCUUAGUAAUGGAAGCUGUCAAAUAGACAGUCCAUUACUAAGCCGGGGCUUAGCGUUAGCCCCAAAAACAGCUAGUGCUAACCCCCGAUACCCACUGCCUCAGGGGUGCCAGGAAGAGCCGGUACCAACUGGGCCAGAGCAUCAAAAAUGGCAUUCCUGAGCCUAGGCGGUAACAGGCUGGCGUUAUUUAGGCUAGGGAGGGCCAGUAACAAUGAUCCUCACCCACCCUGGUAAUGUUAGGCUGUUGCUGUUUGGUUGGUAUCUGGCUGAGAAUAAAAAUACAGGGAACCCAAUGCGUUUCAUUUAUUUAAUCAUUUAUGGGGGGAAAAAUGCAUAGGGUUCCUGUUACCACCUAGGUCCAGGAGCGCCAUAUUUGAUGCUCCAAGCCUAUUGGUAUCGACUUUUCCUGGCACCCCUGUGAUGGUGGGUACCUGGGUAAUAAUUGAGAGUUAGCACUAGCUGUUUUUGGUGCUAACGCUAAGCCUUGCUUAGUAAUGGAUUCGUUUUAUAAUACAGCUUCCACUACUAAGCCUGUAAAGUAUAUAAAAAUAAAAAAAGUUUAAAAAACUUUUAUUCCAAAAAAAAAAAAACACCCUCACAAGCCAUCAUUAACCAUUUUAUUAACAUUAAACAAAUAAAAUAAAAAAAAAACACUGGUCAUCGUCGUAGUCCACUGGAUACACAGAUCUGAAAUGAGAAGGAAAAAAUAAAGGAAAAUAGGUUAGCACAUUUAUUGUAACCCACCCGCAAUGCAUGACUACAACCCCCAGCAUGCCCUUACAAUAAGGACAUAAUGGGAGUUGUAGUCAUGCAGCAGGGCUGGGGGAGAUGUGCAAGUGGGUGACAAGCUUGUCACCUGCCCCCCACUGCAUGACUACAACCCCCAGCAUGCCAUUACAGUAAGGCUUUGCUGGGAGUUGUAGUCAUGUGGCGCGGGCAGGUGACAAGCUUGUCAUCAGCCCGCCCAUCUAACACACUCCCACCGUGCCACACAACUACAAUUCCCAGCAUGUCCUUAAAGUAAGGACAUGCUGGGAGUUGUAGUGUUGCACGGGAGGGAGAUGUGCGGGCACGUGACAAGCUUGUCACCCUCCUGUAAAUCUCCUACCACCGUGCCUGUGAAUAUGAAAGUAAGCAAAAAGACGCACAAAAAGUCUUGCAUGCGAAUUUUGAAAAUGCUCUCAUAGGCAAGUUUGUAAGCCAGGUCUGACCUUGCUUACACCUGCGACUUUUUGUAGGGGGUUUGCGACUUUUAUUUGCUUACGUGCGACUUUCAAGUAAAAACUGAAAAUUGCUUAGGUAGGGCGGAUUGGUAUUUUUUGCUUACCCACAAAAGUCGCACACAAAUUUGCUUAGGCGCACGUGCGACUUUUGUAAGCAAAAAAAAAGCUGCUUCAAUCCCUUGAUAAAUCUCCCUCAUAACUUAUAUUUUCAUCCACAGACCCAUAUGAGGGCUUAUUUUUUGUGCGACCAAUUGUCCUUCGUAAUGACCUAAAUCAUUAUACCAUAAAAUGUAUGGCGUAACCAAAAAAAAAUAUUUUUUAUGUGGGGAUAACUCUAUUUUCCACAGUUUUUCACUCUAUUCACUUUAUUUUUAUGUUUUAUUUUAUUUUUAUUAACGUUUACACCGUUCACCAUACGGCAUCAUCAUUAUAUUUUGAUAGUUCUGACAUUUACACAUGUGGCGAUACCAAAUAUGUAAAACAUUUUAUUCUUUUUUAAGCUUUUUGAGAUAAAACUGGGAAAAGGGUGAUUUAAAAUUUUUUUUGGGGAGGGGCUUUUUCACAUUUUCUAACUGUUUAAAAAAAAAUACUUUUUAUGUCCCCAUAGGGGACUAAUUAUAGCGAUCAUUAGGUGGCAAAUACUCAAUAGCAGCCGGGACCUGUCGUGCAUGAUGCGAGCACUGUCCUGGUGUGUUAAGUACCAGGGCAUCAGGACGUACAUUUAUGUCCUAUGUCAUUAAGGGGUUAAGCGCAGACAUCCUGUCUGUGAUGAUGAAAUCAGUAUGUAAAUAAUAAAAUACCUAAAGCUGAGAGCUGCCCAGAAAACAUUUCCAUUUAGUGAAUAGGGUCUCGGCCAGCCUAUUGUCUUUUUCUAUGAGGUUUGCUGUAAAGCAUAUCUCUAAAUGCUGUUAAAAAAUAGCCCUGGCAAGAUGGCAGCCCCUAUAAUAAUGAACAAAAAUAAUAUAAAUUAAAUAAAAAUUACAAUCAGUGAAUAAAGCCUUUUUUCAGACAAAAUGUAGGUGAUUACAUUCAUUACAGUAUGUCUUAUUUUAUGCUAUAUGGUGCAGAGAUGUUGCUCAUUCAGCCCAGAAAAGGUAACACUUAUCCCUGUGAACAUGUGUGGAUUGUUGGCUCUCAGACUGUAUUUCUGUUUAAAUAUUUGCAAGAAAAUACUGCAAGACAAUGCUCCAGAUGACAAGGUAGGGAGUGAGGCCUUAUGGUGCUAGGUCAAUAAGUGCAAACUGAAAUUUGUUCACUGACCGGCUGAUUUUGCACCCGCGUUCCAGAUCUGUUCUUGAGGUUUAAUGUAUAUUAAAAUAAAAUCCCUACAUGUGGCCUCCAGAGCAAGUUUUAUUAAGGAGGAUAGAUUUUUAAGCUAUUUUCUUGGUAACAAAUGUUGAAAUGGCCUGUAGGUUAAGACUUCAAGUACCAAUUGGUAUUCAGAGCCUUGCAUUCCAAGCUUGGAUCUGCUGAGGAAUAUAUAGGUUUUUACUUGCCUUAAUAACCUGCUCAUGGCAACAUGUACAACUGUUCCUUGAGAGUGUGAUUUAAAAUAUAAAUCUAUACAUAUUAUAUAAAGAUAUAUAUAUCUAUAAUAAGGGUGCUUGGCAGUUUGUAUAAUAGAUUUCAAUUUGGUAUAUUUUUUUGUCUUGCAUUAGGAGGAUGUUAGAUUCAACCAGAUCUUUGUAAGAAACUUAAAAUUCCUUGGUUAGUAAUUAUUUUGAUACUUGCCCAUAUGCCUUGUAAAAUGUUUUCCCAUCUUUUUUCAAAACUGUUUACCUUCCUUUUUUGUAGAUUGUUGCUUUUGACAUUUUGAAAAAGUGAUAUUAAAAAAAGAAAAAAGAAAAAAAAAAUUCUUCAACCACAAAUGUAUUUUUAUCUGUUUUGUGUCUUUAGAAAAAAAAGUUGUACAUGAAUUUAAUUCAGAAUAAGACCGAUUUUUAAUUUAUGAAAUUGUAUAUAAAUAAACAUGAUCUAAAUUUC